AAUAUGGUGAAAUGUCUGGUGAAGAUCCAGACGCGGAGAAGCCUCCACUUACACAUGGUUAACCACUGCAGCAAUAAUAUCUUUGUGCGGCUGCUGAGACACGGCGCCAGGAUCACAGCGAGAAAUGUGGGUAUUCCGUUGCUGAGAGAAGAUGACAGCACAGCCCCUGUGAUAUCUAGCUCGCCAAUAAAGAGCCUUAGAGAAUAUGGGGACUUCUCAAGGGAGCAUGAAGAGAAAAUCAAAGAGGAACCUUUGGCCAUCUCAGAACUGGUCUACAACCCCAGUACCAGCCUGCUUCCCACUCCGGUCGAUGAGGAUGAGAUUGACAUGCUCUUUGACUGUCCUUCCAGGCUUGAAUUGGAAAGAGAAGACACGGAUUCAUUUGAGGACCUCGAAGCAGAUGAAAAUGCUUUUUUGAUGGCUGAGGAAGAAGAACUAAAGGAAGCCAGGAGAGCUCUGACAUGGAGCUAUGACAUUUUGACAGGCAACAUCCAGGUGAACCCAUUUGUCAAGAGUUUCUCCAGGCUCCUUGUUGUGGGUCUGGGACUGUUACUAUUCGUGUUCCCUCUCCUCCUCGUCCUUUUGGAGUCGGGCAUCGAUCUGUCCUUUCUUUGUGAAAUUCGUCAGACACCAGAAUUUGAGCAGUUCCACUAUGAAUAUUACUGUCCUCUCAAGGAGUGGGUAGCAAGAAAAAUAAACUUCAUCCUCUACUUGUUGGGUUGCUCAUAAAAUUAACAUAUUAUGUGACUAAGGGCUAUAUUCAAUACUAGCUUUUUUUUUUUUUUUAAAAAGCAAUUGCCUGGUUUUUAGAAGGGUCAUGGGGCCAUCAGCAGGUAGUUCUUUUCUUUCUUCUUCCAUAUAUAACAGACUGUUCAACUGCUUAAGUUAGCUUUUCAUAAUUCAAUACACUUAAAUAAGUUAAAAAUCAAAUAAAACAUUAUUUUAGUUAUAGGCCAGAAUGGUGGCCCUACUUAAGUAACCAAAAAGAUAUUUAUUUUUAUUGCAUUGUAGACUUACUUGCUUACCUGCUGUACCAUACAACAUUAUGCAGAGCUAACUUUUUG